AUGAAGUUCACUCAAAUCGCUCAAGCUUUGGCAUUAGCGGGUUCCGCAACUGCUGUCACAUACUCAAACUCCUCCUUUGUUCCAAGUGGUUCAGGUUACUUCUAUGACGGUCAGGUCUACUUCAACUUGAACUUGCCUAACUCCGGCUUCACCAGCUUUGACAUUGACUGCUCCGGUGAUGGCGAUUUCACCUUCACCCCAGGCGCAUCCUCCGGCGUCUAUUCUCCUUCAGGUACUCCAUUUGAAGUCACCUCACAGAUGGAGUCCGAUGUCUUGUCCCUUUCUGCAGACAUUGACUUCAGCGCAGACGACGAAGCCGCAAAGGUUAACAUCUCCGGUGCACUCACUAGCGACUUGGACUCAUAUGUUGCUGUCUUUGACGUUGGCUUGCAAGGUCUACCUCAAUUGAUUGAAAAGAGAGAAGACCAAACCUUUGCUAUCACCGUCACUGCUACCUUCUCUGUUCCUUCCGGCGUCACCACCUCGACCUCCACCACCACUUCCUCCUCUGGCUCUACCGAACCAACCUCUGAACCAACAUCUGAACCAACCAGCGAAUCAACUACUGGCACCUCCUCCGGUUCUGGUUCUGUCACAACCACUACUUCUACUACCACUGGUGUCAUCACCUCCUGUUCCGACGAUAAGUGUACUACUUAUGAACCAGUCACCACCAAGGAAACCACCAUUGUCACCAUCACCUCUUGUUCCGACAACAAGUGUACCGAACUCCCUGUGGUUACUGGCUUAACUACUGUCACCGAGAAGGACACCACCUACACCACAUACUGUCCAUUGACAACCACCUAUGAGACUACUGUUGUCACCGUCACCUCCUGUUUGGACCACAAGUGUACUGAAGUUCCAGUCACUACCGGCUUAACCACCGUCACCGAAAAGGAAACAACUUACACUACAUACUGCCCACUUCCAACUGAUGUUACCACCAUCACUCAUACCGAAGUUAUCACCACCGAAUAUACUACAAACAAUGUUGUCACUUUGACCACUUACACCACCACCAAGGAAUACACUCCUGUCAACCCAGUCAAGCCUACUGCUUCAGGUACUACUGGUACUCCAGCUACUCCAGCUACCACCGGUACUCCAGCUACUGUCACUCCAACCACCAAAGCUCCAGUUGAACCAACCAUCCCAGGUACCACCGUUUCUUCUGUCUCCUCCCUCUCACCAAAGGAAAGCACUGUUCCAGUCAACCCAACUGAAGCUUCCACUUUCGAAGGUGCAGCAGCUUCAUUGAAGGCAUCAUCUAUCUUCACCGGUUUAACUAUCAUGUUAUCCAUGCUUUUCUAA